CCAUUCCUCCUGUUAUAAUGAAUGCUCUGGAGAAAAGAGCUUUCAUGAAGCGGUUCCCAAUUCUAAACGCUCCGGUCCAAGUUGGGCUAGUCGGGCUGUGUCUGGUGUUUGCAACUCCUCUGUGCUGCGCCCUGUUUCCUCAGAAAAGCUCUAUGAACGUGAGCAGCCUGGAAGCAGAUCUGCAGGAGAGGAUACGACAGACGAGUCCUCACACCACCACGGUCUUCUUCAACAAGGGCCUGUAGGCGCAGCCGGCACGUCUCCAAGCACACGCACGAAACUCCCACAUGCACACUGACACACACGUCUGUUAUCAUGGGCACAUGUGAGGGAGAAAAGUUAAAUGUAUUUAUGUUUUUGUGUGUACUGUUGUUGUUUUUUACUGCAUUGAGCUGCUUUAAGUCAGUGGAAGUUAUUAUUUCUACAUGUCAUGUAGAAAUAAUCCUUACGCUUUUCUUUAUAGAAUGAAUCUUGUUAAGAAACAUGUUUGAUUUUUUUUAAAAUCUGUUGUGGGUUUUUUUGUCUUCCAAUAGACUGAACUACUGAUUGUGUGGCAACUAAAGAUUAUCAAUCUUGUUGUCGUUUCUUGCUGCGCUCAAACCAACGUCCUGAUAAAUGAUUCCAGCUGCAAAUGAAGGCUUGUGCUCGUAAGUUGUAAAAAAAAAAAAAAAAAAAAACAAUGGUUUCGUGUGCUCACUUUUUAAAAUCCUUGCUUAGUCUCAUCACUGUUUUGAAAACUUAAUUUAAAAUAUUUCACACCUUCUAUAUAUGAUACACUUGUUGCCUCUUUUUAUCAGUAAUAUAAUUACACAGAAAAGUGUUAAGCAGCUCGGUCCAUCUCCUGAUUGUAAACAUCCUGUUUUGUCUGCCUUUUGUCAACCUGUGCAGCUUUAUUUCUCCAUUCAUCUCUCCUUUAAGUGUACUUAUAUCCUCUCCUGUUCAUAGACAAGUUAAUGUGGUGCUAGUUACCUGUCCAAACAAAUGUAUUUAAAAUAUUACAGCUAAAUGAGUAAAAUCUAACGAGAGUUUUUAUAUCUUAUGAAGACGUUCUGCAGCUUGUUUUAGAUUAAUAGUUUCUUUAAGAGAUGUUUGGUUUGUGGGUGUUCUAUCGUGUUGCGUUGCUGAGAGGAAGUGGUUAAAAACGCUGCUAUCUAAAGUUUUUCUUAAGUCUGACCAGUUUCAUGGUUUAAAUGUUUAGUUAAAGCUUUUAAACUCAAAAUAGCUCAAGGUUUUUAUUUCGUUUUGAAGACAAAUCUAGCACAAACGUUUUAUUUGCAUAAACGAGGCUGCCUGCAAAAGCUCUCUCAGACCAAAUUUAGUAAAAUAUUUAGAUCCUAUUAGAAGUGAAGGAAGCCAGUUUUGUGCAGUUUCAGUUUGAGCAUCUCUGAUCAAAUAUAUUCAUCGAACUCUGUCCGUUGUGGUUAUAUUGUACUGAUAGUGAAUUUAUCCAAGUGUUUGUCUUAGUUAUAUAUAGAUAAGUAUAUUUUUUUCUUGACUGCUGUAUAUAACGUAAAGGACUCGACCAAACCGGCCCCAGAAAUGCACUAAAACAUCAGCUGUUUGUUUACAGACGAACCGUUUCCCUGCGACUGAGCGAGCGCCUCUUCUGCUAAAAAGGUUAUCAGAUCAGAGAAGUGUUCCUCUUUCUAAAGCCAACAUGAUGCAGAAAAACUACCAUCCAUAUUUCAGCAUUUGUGCAACGUGAUGUUUUGUAUUUGCCUGUAGAAAAUCCUACGUAGUGACAGUAUGAGUGUAGAGGACAUGUUUAUGGUGAAACUUGUAGCUGUGUAAUCAUUCGUUUAAAGUAAAAGGGACUGUAGUGGCUGCUCUACAGGUUAAUUUAGUAUGCUGAAAUAAGUUAUUGUUUUUAUGUCAUCUGAAAUGUUAGCAGUUGCAUCGAGACUUACAAAUUAGCCGAAUGUGAGUAUAUUCGUUCUGUUAGCUUUAUUGACAUGGAAAUUAUUUAUUCUGAUCUUUAUAAAUAUUUAAAUCCCACACGUACUCAUUUAUUUUGAAAUGCUUGAAUCCAACAAAUACAGCACUGCAAUAUUUUAGAGUAGAUUUAGCAGCUUUAUUUAAAAUACGAUUGAUGCGAGGAGUGUUGCUGAAAGUUGACUGGGUUUACGCUGCUUUUUAAACACCGUUUUUUCUUUUAUUGUGUUGAGUGAACCUCGUGAGCCUGCUUUCUGCUGGUUUCCUGUAGUAAAAGGGUUCCGAACAAAUCGAAGCGUUGGAAUCAGUGGAUUACGGAGUUCAUCUCAGCUUGUGACUGAACUGCCGGAAUCUCAUAAAAAUGAAGUUUGUAGCUUUUUAAAAACUUUAGUUUUGCUUCCGAAUGCUUCACGUGGCUUUUCCCCUGUAAAGUGUCAAAUAUUCACUAAGGACAAGCAGUUCUGGUUUUAAAUAUUUAAACACAUUUCAUCAACUUACACAUGUAAACAAGCCCCAAAACACUUGAUUUUCACUUUUGUUGGGAUGACUACUCGGAUGUAAAAAUCUCUGUUACGCUCCAUGAAUGUUUGGAUUAUCUUGUUUGUACACAGACCCGUCAGUAUUGGUGCACAGUGUUCACUCCUCUUGUUUUUGUUAAUUUGAAUCUUAUGUGAAAGGUAUUCUGCUGAAAGCAAUAAAAUAAAAUGUGUGACAAAAUGUU